AUGUCGAGCGAAACGAAUACAAAUAUGAAUGCUACAGGGUCCUCAUCUAUCGUUGCUGAAGCAUUGCCCAUAACAAACGAGGGUUCACAAGAGGAAUCCGUUGCACGCAAGAAGCAAAGUCGGCAGGGCUGGAAAGGUCCAUCCAAGAUUCGUACACCCUCUUCGGAUGGGUUGGAUCAACCCAAAAGUAAGGAGGCGGAGCUGUUGGAUGUGAAUGAUAAACAGGGUGUCUCUCAUCAACGUCGUAAGUCAACUGCAAACACACCGGAUUUGUCCAAUAAGAAUAAAAGUCCCAAUAACGGCAAUACUAACGUUGAUAAGUCCUCUCAUCGCCGCGGUAAAUCUAUGGCCAAUGUCGGGGAACUUCAAGGUGUCACCGCUAAGAAUGGUAACAGCAAAAUUAAAGGUAGCAAAGAUGAUUCUGAAAACAAGUCCGAGGCCUUAGAGUCUCUACAACAAAUUAUUGCUAGCCUCAAAAAUUUGCCGGCGGUUCCCACCAAAUCCCAAAAAUCAGAUGAGAGUUCCCUUGAUCCCACUUCGAAACACAAACGACACGAAUCGAGUGCAGCAAGUGGAGGAAAGCGGCCCAGCGCUCCUGUGAAGCAACACAAGAAGGGAGCCUCCGUGUCCUUUUCUUUUCCUCUGACAACACCAGUGACUGCCUCGUUGAAGCCGAUUCCCGACUCUGAAGACGGCAAACCCAUGAAUAUUGAAAAUGCAUUGCAAGACACUAUUUCUUCCUUGAGGCGUAUGAGUCUAGACAAAGGAAAAACCCAGAAAGAUAGAGAAACUGAUAAGAGUGAAGAAUACGAUGAGACCGAAGAGGAAAGGAAGGCUCGGCGUAAAAAAAGUCAAAAUAACAAAAAGCCCCUUAAUUUGGAUGAUGCGGUACAAACUGGCGACAAAAAGCAAGAAUUGGAUUCACCAAGGUCCCCAUUCGACUUCAGGAAACCUUCCGAUGAGCAACCAUCAGCUUCCAAGAAAACUCAUCGCCGUCAUCAAUCCCUUGGUCAUACAUUGUCGAUGACUUCUUCACCGGCUGCCGUUAGUAAAGUCAAUAAUAUUCCCACACACAAUCGACGACACAGUGUAGCUCUCAAUGGUAGCAAGGAUGUUUUGAAAGAACUUGAAAAGAGUCAAAGUCGAUCCACCGGGGCAGACGCGAAAGGUCAUCGCCGCAACAAUUCCAGAAACUUUGAAAGUAACUGGCGAACAACUGCCUCGCCCCUUUCUGCCUUAGCUCAACCUUUCCAACCUUUUCCGUUAACCCCCAAAUUUGGCGCAAUCCAGAAGAAACAACAGCAGAACCAACAAAAUUCCGGCAAUCAAACAAGGAAGUCUCUCUUCGCCCCUUACCUAGCGCAAGCUAAUCUCCCUCAACUCUUAAAAUCGGGUCAACUUGUGUCCGGUGUUUUACGAAUCAACAAGCGUAAUAGAUCCGAUGCUUAUGUGACCACCGAGUCCUUGGAUGCGGACAUUUAUAUCUGUGGUUCUAAGGAUAGAAAUCGUGCAUUGGAAGGCGAUGUGGUUGCAGUGGAGUUGUUAGAUCCCGAAAAAAAAGUUGAUAAAAAGAAGGAUGAUGUCGAAGUUGAAGGUCAGGGUCUGCUGCUCUUCGAAGAUGAUGACAUUGUCACCGAUGAACAAAGACCAAAGUAUUGUGGUCACGUGGUGGCAGUUAUGGAAAGAAUGCCAGGACAACUUUUCUCCGGCACACUCGCUCUCCUGAGACCAUCCUCGACUGCGACCAAAGAAAGAGAAGCCGCCGAGAAGGCUCGGAGAGAAGCUGAAGAAAGAGCUGCUGGUAUUGAACCGAGAGUAGAAGACACCCGAGAUGAUAGGAAAGAUGAAAAAAAUGAGCGCCCAAAGAUUGUUUGGUUCAAACCGACCGAUAAACGUGUCCCUCUGAUUGCCAUUCCGACCGAGCAAGCUCCUAGCGAUUUUGUUGAAAACCAUCAAUCCUAUUCACAACAACUGUUUGUCCUCGGCGAAAUCGGCAGCGUAGACGUUGAAACCGAGGCUCUUCUUAAGGACAACAAUGUAACAUCCGAAGAAUUUGGUGAAAAUAUAACAAAGAGUCUUCCCAUUAUUCCAUGGAAUAUUAGUGAAAAGGACAUCGAAUUACGUCGAGAUCUGCGUUCCAUCAGAAUUUUCACGAUCGAUCCUUCUACCGCAAAAGAUAUUGACGACGCCAUUUCUUGUUCUCGUUUACCUGACGGUAAUUUCGAGAUCGGUGUUCAUAUUGCAGAUGUGAGUCAUUUUGUAAAGCCAAAUAGUCCCCUUGAUCGUGAAGCCCGUAAAAGAGCAACCACAGUUUAUCUCGUACAAAAAUCGGUUUCCAUGCUCCCUUCCCUACUUUCUGAGGAACUUUGCAGUUUGAAUCCUGGAGUGCAAUCGGUAAUCGAAGGAAAUCCAUUAAAUUCUGAAGUCGAAAUUCAUAAUGAAUACGUGGCCAACGAAAUUGAAGCCGAUAUCAAAGUUUUUCAUGGCCUUUCUCAACGCCUGCGUGAACAUCGCCACAAACGUGGAACACUGUCAUUGGGAUCUAUCAGCUUAAAAUUUGAUCUUGAUGAGGAUGAUCUCCCUCUUGAAUGCAAUGUGUAUGAAUCCAAGGAUGCUAAUCGCCUCAUCGAAGAAUUCAUGUUGCUCGCUAAUAUAAGCGUUGCGCAGAAGAUAUCUAGUGCUUUCCCUGAACAAGCCUUGCUCAGGCGUCACGCCGUACCAAUCGAACGCCGACUUAAUGAUUUUGUCGAGCAUGCCGAAAGAUUAGGAUAUAAUAUUAACACCAGUUCUGCUGGAGCUUUGCAAAGGUCUCUUGAUGCUGUCGAAGAUGAAGAUGCUAAAGAAGUUUUGAAACUUCUUGCGAUCAAGCCAAUGCAAAAAGCCAAAUAUUUUUGUACCGGAACCUUGGACAUAGUGAAAUAUCAUCAUUAUGCUUUAAAUGUUCCUCUCUAUACUCAUUUCACCUCCCCUAUUCGCCGCUACGCCGACGUUCUUGUUCACCGUAUGCUUGAAGCCGCGUUGUCUGGUGAAAAACGCUUUUACCUCGACAAAGAUACGGUUCAAAAAACUGCACAAUAUUGUAAUGUCAAAAAGGAAGCAGCUAGGAACGCCCAAGAACAAAGCAAUCAUCUUUUCCUCUGCGUUCUACUCAAUAAUUUAACUGUUCAGCAAGGUCCUGUGAUACGCGAAGCGAUUGUGGUAGGAGUAAAAGAUCAUGCGUUUGAUGUCUUGGUUCCUGUUUUUGGCAUCGAAAAACGCGUUCACUUGGAUCAACUUCCAUUAGAAAAAUUUGUAUUUAAUGAAGAAACUGGUCAACUUAUUUUGUACUGGAAGCCGGGGGUUAGUUCUCUUGAACCAAUUUCUGAAGACUACGGAGUUGGCGAGGAUGAAGAAGAGGGUUUAGAUGUCGACGAGGACGCAUUGCUUGCCGACGUGAACGAUGAUUAUCACUAUGAAAUGAUGGGUAUCACCACAAUGCCCACCAUUGAAUCUCCUGCAACACACAUCCAACGCCCCGAAAACGCUUCAUUCGAUCGGACUUCGCUUAUAAACGCUUCACCUCUGAAGGCUUCCCCUCCAAUUGUUAAAAUUGCAGAAAUUCCACAAUUACCCAUAGAUGUAGACCCCUCCAUUCCCAACUCUCAGAUUAUUCGAGAGCUUUCCCAUCUUAAUGUUGUAAUUACUGCGGAUUGUAAAAAGAGCCCGCCAGUUAUUAAG